UUCCGGUCCAAUCAUUUUUGGACAUUCUCUGGAGAUCGGCUUUUGCCACAAGGGAGUACGCCAUCGGCCGUUUACCAACUAUGGAGGAGCCAGCUCCCGAUCAAUCUGCCACCGUAAACAGGUGGUUCCGCCGUCUUCCGGCGACCCUCAGCCCUAAAAAUUCCGUCCUUGCAGAGAUAUCAGGUGCAGUCGGCGACCUCGGGACUUACAUCCCCAUCGUUCUCACUCUCACUCUGGUCUCCCAUCUCGAUCUCGGGACAACUUUAAUCUUUACCGCUCUUUACAAUAUCGUUACUGGCCUCCUCUUCGGCAUUCCAAUGCCGGUUCAGCCGAUGAAAUCCAUCGCCGCCGUCGCCGUCGCUGAGUCUACUCAUCUCACUCUCCCUCAAAUUGCCGCCGCGGGCCUUUCCACAGCUGCUGUCCUCCUAAUACUCGGCGCCACUGGCCUUAUGUCCGUUCUCUAUCGAUACCUCCCGCUGCCGGUCGUCCGCGGUAUUCAGCUCUCUCAGGGCCUUUCCUUCGCCUUCACUGCUAUUAAAUACAUUCGGUAUGAUCAAGAUUUGGUCACCUCUAAAUCCGGCGGAUCUCGGUCCUGGCUUGGAUUUGACGGCCUAUUAGUUGCCCUAAUUUCUUGUUUGUUUCUAAUUUUGACCACCGGAGCUGGCGAUUCUCAUAAUGGAGAACCGUCGUCUUCCGAAUCGCAUAGUGCUUCUGAAUCUCGUUCUGGCCGUCGCAUUAGAAGGUUACGAAUGUUAUCUAUGAUUCCUGCUGCUCUGAUUGUGUUCUUGUUUGGAUUAUUGAUCUGUUUUCUUCGCGAUCUUUCCGUUUUGAAAUACCUAAAAUUCGGCCCAUCGAAAUUGCAUCUUCUGAGAAUCACAUGGGAAGAUUGGAAAAUAGGGUUUGUAAGAGCUGCAAUUCCCCAAAUUCCUCUUUCGAUUUUGAACUCUGUAAUUGCAGUUUGCAAAUUGUCAGGGGAUUUGUUUCCAGAUCGUGAAGCUUCCGCCAUGAGUGUGUCCAUAAGUGUUGGGAUAAUGAACUUCGUCGGAUGCUGGUUCGGCGCAAUGCCGGUCUGUCACGGCGCCGGUGGCCUCGCCGGGCAGUAUCGGUUCGGCGGCAGAAGUGGCGCAUCGGUGGUGUUUUUAGGGAUUGGGAAACUGGUUUUGGGAUUGGCGUUUGGGAAUUCGUUUGCACAGGUUUUGAAUGAGUUUCCAAUUGGGGUUCUUGGGGUGCUUCUUCUAUUUGCAGGGAUUGAAUUGGCUAUGGCUUCCAGGGACAUGAACAGUAAAGAAGAAUCAUUUGUUAUGUUGGUUUGUGCUGCUGUUUCACUCACAGGGUCCAGUGCUGCGUUGGGUUUUGGCGUUGGGAUUGUGCUGUUUCUGCUUCUGAAACUGAGAGAAUUCGACUGUUCUUCCUGUUCUUGCUUUGGGUUUCACAAGAUGAAGCCCAAAUCUGAUGCUGAAGAAGAAGAAGAAGAACAAGGAACCCUGUUGUUAGCUUGAAGAGAAAAAAACGGUGUGUUUUCUUCUUUUUGAUCUUGGCAGACACUGAAUGUCUUUAUAAAUAGUUUACCCUUUUUAUGUCUGCUGAUAUCUGCAUUGUGCUGUCACUUGUACAUAUAAUCUUGUCACUGAAUGAGUUUGGUUGUUCAUAUUGGAUUUCCACUUACAGAUGUUCA